ACACGCCUCCACCAAUGACUCAAGCGUAGGACGGAGGUGAGAUUAACAGGGAUUCUCAGCGGCAGCAGAUUUACGUGUCUGAAGGGAAUCGACCGCGAUGGGAAGCAGCGAUUCAAAGCUAAAUUUCAGGAAAGCGGUGAUCCAGCUCACGACCAAAACACAGCCGGUGGAAGCCACAGAGGAUGCCUUCUGGGACCAGUUCUGGGCAGACACCACCAUCACAGUCCAGGAUGUUUUUGCGCUGGUGCCAGCUGCAGAGAUAAGAGCUGUUCGAGAGGAGUCGCCGUCAAACCUGGCAACCCUCUGCUAUAAGGCGGUGGAGAAGCUGGUGCAGGGAGCAGAGUCUGGCUGUCCAACCGAUAGGGAGAAGCAGGUGAUUCUGAACUGCACUCGCAUCCUGACCCGGAUUCUUCCCUACAUCUUUGAGGACCAAGACUGGAGAGGGUUCUUCUGGUCAACGGUGCCUGGUGCAGGACAUGCUGGGACAGAUGAGCUGGAUGACGAUGAUGGAGCCCGACCACUGGCUGAGUCGCUGCUCUUGGCAAUCGCUGACCUGCUCUUCUGCCCUGACUUCACUGUGCACAGUCACAGAAGAGGCCCUGACUCAGUGGAGAACAUGCAGUCUUUAGACAGCUGUGAGUACAUCUGGGAGGCUGGGGUGGGAUUUGCACAGUCCCCGCCUCUUAACUACAUCCAUGACCUCAACAGGGCAGAGCUGCUGAGAUUGUUACUAACCUGCUUCUCAGAGGCCAUGUACCUGCCUCCUUCACCCGACAACAGCGUCCUCAACCCCUGGGUCACAUUCUUCUGCUCCACAGAGAAUAGACAUGCUCUUCCUCUAUUCACAUCUCUCCUCAAUGUGGUCUGUGCUUAUGAUCCGGUGGGCUACGGUAUCCCCUACAACCACCUGCUAUUCGCGGACUACCGGGAGCAGCUGGUGGAGCAGGCUGUACAGAUUCUUAUUGUGACACUGGAGCACGAUGGAGGAGGUCCCCGACCUGCUGCUUCAUCAUCCAGCAUAGAGGAGCUAGAGAAUGCUGGCCCUGAAAACCUCUUUGUCAAUUACUUGUCAAGGAUUCACAGAGAAGAGGACUUUGACUUUGUGCUGAAGGGGCUCGCUCGUCUACUGACCAAUCCUCUGGCUCAGACGUACCUGCCCCACUCCACCAAGAAAAUUCAAUUCCACCAAGAGCUGCUGGUGCUUUUCUGGAAACUCUGCGACUUCAAUAAGAAAUUCUUGUUUUUCGUCCUGAAGAGCAGUGAUGUGCUGGAUGUUCUCGUUCCAAUUCUCUAUUACCUGAAUGAUGCCAGGGCAGAUCAAUCUCGUGUCGGACUCAUGCACAUCGGUGUGUUUAUUUUGCUCCUGCUGAGCGGGGAGAGAAACUUUGGUGUGCGCUUGAAUAAGCCAUAUUCUCUCCAUGUUCCAAUGGACAUCCCGGUGUUCACAGGGACGCACGCAGACCUGCUGAUAGUGGUUUUUCACAAAAUUAUCACCACAGGACACCAGCGCCUCCAACCUCUCUUCGACUGCCUGCUCACAAUUAUUGUCAAUGUUUCCCCCUACCUGAAGAGCCUGUCCAUGGUAGCAGCCAAUAAACUACUCCACCUGCUGGAGGCCUUCUCCACCACCUGGUUUCUGUUUUCCACCGUUCAGAACCACCAUCUUGUCUUUUUCCUUCUUGAGGCUUUCAACAACAUUAUCCAGUACCAGUUUGAUGGAAACUGCAAUCUUGUCUAUGCCAUCAUCCGCAAGCGCAACGUAUUCCACCAGCUGGCAAAUCUGCCCUCUGACCCCGCUACAAUCCAAAAGGCUUUGCAGAGGAAGAAGAAGUCACCAGAUGUGAUUUCCCGCACAAGCUCCCAAGAGACUGUGUCCAUGGAGGGCUCCCACCCCGCGGUGCCAGCAGAACCGGGUACACUGAAGGCCAGCCUAGUCGCUAUACCAGGCAUAGAUAAGUUGACUGAGAAGUCACAGGUAUCCGAGGAUGGGACCAUGGUGUCAAUCCCAAAGGUAGACUCUCCACGGACGGUCCACUCAAACCAAAGUGUAGCCGCUGGGAGCAGUGACACAGAGUCAAACUCAGGCAGAGACAAUGAGGAUGUUUUCUACACUGAAGCAGAGAUGGAAAGAAGGCGUUUGUCAAGUGCCUCUUCGACUUCGUUAUGGACUCCUACCCCAGAAUGGAUCCUAUCUUGGAAAUGCAAGUUGCCCCUUCAGACUAUCAUGCGUCUUCUACAAGUACUAGUUCCCCAGGUGGAAAAGAUCUGCAUUGACAAGGGUCUAACAGAUGAAUCAGAGAUCCUGAAGUUCCUUCAGCAUGGCACGUUAGUGGGCCUGUUGCCAGUUCCUCACCCCAUCCUCAUCAGAAAGUAUCAGGCCAAUGCGGGCACUGCUAUGUGGUUUCGUACUUACAUGUGGGGAGUUGUUUACUUGCGCAAUGUGGAUCCUCCCAUCUGGUAUGACACUGACGUGCGCCUUUUUGAGAUCCAGAGGAUGUAAGCUAACCAUUUGAUGACUGAAAACUGAACUGCUCUUAUUCUAGAAGUAUCUGCUGGUUUCCUGGAAAAAAAAAAACCUCACUGUGUUAGACCUGUCUUCUAAUUAUUAUGCUUGCACCAAACACUUUCUGACCUGGAAAGAUUAAAGAUGUAUGAAGUAUCAUCAAUGUCCAUAAACAGCUAUGUUUUAACAUUUCUUUAAGACUUUGAGACAGCAGAAUGUCUGUUAAAGCACUGAGAAGAAUGAAGCGUUUUCAAAAAGCAAAGAAGUGUAACAGAAAUAUUUAACUUUUGUGAUAUUUAUUAUAGAGGAUGUGGUGCUUUCCAGCAAAGGCAUGUAAAUGAUCUUGGAUGACACUGUGUUAGUAUUUCUAAUUAUUUAUUGUAUUUCCUAUGCUUUAAAGUGAACUUGCACUUCUCUGACUUGUCUGUUCAGGUUGUGGUUUAAUGUGAUGUUUCAGAUAUGGAGCUGUUUCUAUGUAAAUGACCAAGAGGUUUAUUUUAGACUUUUUGUUUUGACUUCUUGCUUUGAUUUGUGAACCUUGCAGCGCUUGACUUUAAAACUGUAUUUUCUUGAAUUGUCCUGAAAAUAUAUAUUACUAUGGCUCUGUGAACUAUGUGUUGCUGUUGGUAUGCUUUGCAGAAAAAUGCUUUAGCGUGUCCUCAGAUAGAUGAACUGCGUACAUAUGAUCUCAUAACCUUGACCUAUUGUUUACCAAAUGAAUGUGGAAUUUCCAUGUUAGCCACUAGAUGGAGCCACAAUACCUUUUGACUUAGGUUCCCCAUUCAUUUGAAAAUGUGAAGAUGGAUUUUUGCAGCAUAGAGUUGGAUGAACAAUUAUAUAUAUAUAUAUAUAUAUAAUUUAUUUUAUUUUUUUUGCAGUUGGCCACAUAGUUCAGACAUCAUUUGACCAGCUUAUGUGUCAUAACUCAAAUUGUUCUGAUUGUAGGACAAAGACAAUAGGAACCACAGGGUUACCAGAGUUGGUAGAAUUAGAUUUUGGGAUAUUUAGAUUAUUUAUUUUACUAGUUUAAUUUAAAAACUGCAGUUAGAUUAAUUAAACAUGGUGUAUUGACCUCAAUAACUUUUUUGUUGACUUACAACUAAUAGAAACCUAAAAUUCAGCUUUAAGUUUUAUUUCCUCAACAGUGCUCAAGGCAAGGUUGUAGCUAUCCUUGCUACUUAUCCACUUAAUUCUUCCACUCAACUUUUCCUAAAUGUAGAUAGAUACAGUUAUUUCCUCUCUCUCUCUUUUAUGUGUUAAAUACCCAAAGACUGUACAGGAGCAUUCUUUCAUAUUUACCGAGUGAAAAGUGUGUUCCUUUUAUCUGCUGAACAAGUUUUUGACGGUGUGUUCAUUAACACACGUCUCAAAGCUAAAAAAAAAAAAAUGUCAUGUGUUCUUCUCUGCAUGGGUUACAAAGCUACCCUGAACAAGGUGUAACAAAUGACAACAAAUUGGGUCAAUUGGUAUCAGCUUGAUGACAAACUUUACGAAACACGCCUGUAGCCACGUUUCGCUACAGGCGAACAAUGGCAGGACGUUUUAACAUGAAAGGAGUUUCACCAAACUCAUUUUCAAGAUAUCUGAAAUUGGUUUUUGACCUAUUAGUAAUUUAAAAAUAAAGCUAACUAUAUUUUGUUCUCACUGUGUUUUAGGCCAUUUCAUCUUCAAACCAUCAUAUCUUUAUUCUAGACACAUAAGAAGGGUCAUAGUAAAAAGAUAAAAAAUAAUUUUUAAAAACAACAUAAAAAUAACCUGUGUUUAAAUAUACAUUUUUCUAUUAGACUUUAUUUUUACUUCUCAGCCUUACUGUUCUAUGCCUCUAUUAUGUAUUUUGUUCCUUGCAUCCCUCUAAUAUAGUCACAUAUUUUUCGUACGUGUAUCUAUUAAAAAAGUUUUAGCAAAGGUC